UAAACACAGGGCUGUCUGUUAGAGCUGAGACUGCAGAUUAGACUGUUGUGUUUCACAUGAAAGUUAGCACAGAUCUACGCUCUCAGAGAAAAACCUUGUAAAUAUGGAAAUAAACGGACAGUCAUAUCAACCAUUCCAACCCUAUCAAAAGCCGUCACAGAGGUUUCAGACACUUCCAGCAGUUUCGGAAAGCUCUUCUCAAAAAACAGUAUUUUCUUUUCCUGUGCCAACAUUUAGCCAAACAGUUCAGAGUUCAACUCAAGCACAGACUCAAAUCAUUAGGAACAUUGCUGGAGAUUUUCAUUUUUCCAAGGAGGUUGUGAGCGAAAGAGGGCCGGCCAGCUUAACCUAUAACGAAUUCGAUACCAAGACCUUAUAUGAGGCAUUUAACAUUACACCACAAACGCAAAUUAAUAGGAUGUUAAAGAUUUCUCCUUUUCAAAGUAAAUCUUUUCACGUGAGACAAGCUUUGCCUUCCAAGCAAGUCAAAUCAAAAAGUUACAUCUGUUUUGGAAACAGUAUAUGGGGCAAAUCGAAGGAAAGUAAGAGAAUCACAGUGAAUUCCAUUCAUAGUGGUAAAAAUGUGAAUCCAAUAAUGUCCUCAACAGAAGAACUGGGCAUAAGUGCACAAUACAAAAGGAAGGCAAAAACGGAACCCGACGUUUGUGCUUCCUCUUAUCCAUCAAAAGACUUUGUAGGUUGGGAUGAACAUGUUCUGAAGAUGUUGACAAAGACCACAGCUCAGUGGAUUGAGGCCAAUUACACAGACCACGGAAAGUUAAAGAAUAACUUGUGUAAACGCUAUGGCCUUAGCAGCUCAGUAGAGCUAAUAAGUGAAGAGCACAUGACAGAGGAGGACUUUAGGCUAUACAAGGAGCAAGACAAAUCUAGAAAAUUAAGUAACCAAUCCCAAGGAGAUAAGAAAACAGAUACACAUCUUCCUGUAAGCACACCUUUCCCCCCAUUAACCAAAGAAGAAGCAGCCCCUGGCAGUAACAACAAGACAGCAGAAUCCCUGACAGUCAAACACUUUGAACUCGCCCCAUCUUUAAGGUUGCAGGAUCUGAUGAACCCAAAGGCUGGGAAACAUGUCUGUGCUACAGAGAAUGCUUUUGAGGGAGAACUUUAUUCAGGUUUGGUUAAAAUAAUCCACCAGAAGGAUAUAAAGAAUAAAAAUCACAUCAUCAUGGAAAGUCAGAACCAAUACGAGAAGCAUCUCCAAGAGUCGUUGCCAAAGUCACAUACAGAGUGGAGUUCCAAGGAUUUAGAAGCUGGUCUACCUCUGAGACCGGAAAGAGGGGCAUUUCGUUGGACUGCUCUUCCAGCACCUGUUUUAAAUAAGACUAUACAGACCUGUGAGCUUCCAGCAGUUCCAAAACCUCAAGGGCGAACACAACCUGAAAAAGAGAAACAUUUGCCACUGAAUGAAAGAGAAGCCAUGUGGAACAUAUUAACACAAUGGAAGAGUUCCUGGAUGUUAACUGGAAAUGGGAAAGAGACAAGUUUGGAAGAGCUAAAGAAAAACCUGCACAGUGUGCACAACAACUCUAAAAUCACGGCUCUUGUAACCAUCGCUACUUCAGCCGUGCUUCAGUCAAUGGAGGGGACACAUGCAGGGAAUACAGCAAGCAAAUCGAUGGAAAAUCUUUGUGUUCCCGAGAAUAUGGGUCUCGUUUAUAAUGCCCUUGGCGAUGUGGAUGCCCUUGUGAGAAUGGCUGCCGCUCUGUACUGUUACAUAAAUCACUCCAUAAGUGAAGAGGCAAGAAGGGUCAUGCUCAGUGCGCUGGAGAAAGGAUGUGAUGCCGAUAGCUGGGCAGCUGCUCAGUGUCUGGCCCUGGAAGGAGAUCACAGCUUUCCGCUAAUAAAGAGGAUCCUUACUCAGCUUUUUGAAGUGAAUAAUGAGGAGAUGGAGGAACAAGCUUGUUAUAUACUAAGGAAGCUGAGUGCGCACACAAAACUGGUCCAUGCCAUGCUGGGAGAUGCAUUGAAUAAUAGUAACUGGAGAGACCGAGUUUUAGCCUGCAGAGCCCUUUCUCAGCUCCAAGGACAUGUUAAUCAGGACCUGAGAAAUAAAUUGAACCACCUUAUGUGGGAGGAUUGGAGUCCUGCUGUGAAACAGGCUGCCGCUAGAUCCUUAGGAAUAAUGGGUUAUGGAAAGGAGAUACACGACCAAUUGCAAAAAAAAUUACAAUGUGGGACCUGGAAAACCAAAGUGGAAGCUCUUUCCCUUAUUGGCUGGCUAAGACUUAUGACGGCCCAGCUACUUCCUGAGUUUCUGCGGUGCUUCUCGGAUGAAUUUGCAGCUGUCCGUAAGAAAGCCUGCCAGGCCGCUGGUUUGCUCCAAAUAAGAGAUGACACGGUCCUCAGUUGUCUCUGUGAGCUAAUUCAGAGUGAUUCAAUCUGGAAAAUUCAGGCAUGUGCCAUCAAAGCUGUAGGGAAAAUAGGACAUGUGAGUCCCCGUGUGAAGGACGUGCUGAUGUGGGCUGUGCAUCAUGGGGAGCCAGGAGUGCGGAUAGAGGCUUUUCGCUGUAUAGCCCUCCUGCAGAUCCGUGACCCUGAUUUGCAGUAUAUUUUGCGAGAUAAACUGAUGCUGGAAUCUAAUGACAUUGUGCAAAAGGAAGUGAGAAGAACUUUAGCUGCUCUAGGCCUGGAACUGACAGAAAACGAGGAUAUGACAUCAAUGAUCCAGCAGCAGAUGUCCAGGUUGUGUCAGAAGAAUGUGUUGAUUCCCAAAGUAAUGGCUUUAUAUUGAACUCCAAGAACCACCAACUAGGAGGUACAAUCAUUGCUUGGAAGGACUGGAAGGACGACACAACAGAGGGACUUAUUAGAAGAGUCUAAGAUAUUGGGGAACAAGAAUGACCUGCAGUUUCCUUAUAAUUACUCUCAAUAAAACGGACAAUACCCAAAGACUAUGGAUCACUCCUCCAUCACUAGCACGGGGAAUUCUGUAAUUCACCAGCAGACUAUAAAGAGCCACAAACAGAAUAUUUUUAAUGUUCCACAGAUAUGAAGCAGUGAAUUAGCAAUGUAUGAAAAACACAAAGUAUAAAUCUGUAAACUAGGACAGAAUUUUUUAAAAACUAAAAAACUUUUCUUCUCCUUAUUCACAUGUUUACCGGGAACUGAAAACUAUUUUUUGGGCAUUCCAAAUACUUCUCCUGUUUUCCCUUUUCAGCUCCUGGUCAUUUUCAUGUCACCCUUGUUUCCAACCCCAUUUUUCCCCUAUCAUUUUAAUGUUUUGGGGUUUGUUUUUUUUUGCUCUGCCAUCAUUCUCUUCUCUACUUGCAUAAGUACCCAAUCCUUGUUCCAUUUUCCUCUUCCAACAACUUUUUGUCCAAUAAUUCCCUCCUACCUUCCUUCCUGGAAAUGAUUGGGUGUACUGCAUAGGGAUGCACCGAAUCCACUAUUUUGAAUUCGGCAUAACCUCCGAAUCCUUCGCGAAAGAUUCGUCCGA